UUCAGAUCAGCGGCUGUGUGUGCGUGGGAUAAGGAAAAUAGCGUCUUUUUGGAGAAAAUUUAAACGUAAUUCUUUAUGUUUUAAUCAUGAAGGAACUCUCCCCAGACGCAUUGCUUCUGUCUUUGGCACAUUUGUGUUUCCUCUGUAGUUUUCUGGACGGGACUCGCGCUCAGGAGGCUGCAGGUGAUGGUGAUGAUGAUGCUCUUCGUCGGGGGUUGACAUGGCAACAUAACGGGCAGGUUUUCAGCAUCCUGAGCCGCGGCUCUCGUUACCGGCCUUCCAGCAGGAGGCAAACCGGGUCACCCCGCCGCGGUAACCCUGUGGUGGUCCUCAGCAGCGGUAACGACACGGUUCCUGCCGCGUCCCGGGGCUCCCCGCGGGUCCCCGUCGCCAGCAGCGCUGCGCAAUUGCGCGCGGUGGCGCGCCAGCAGCAGCCGCGCGCCGGCGGCGACGGAGACUCUGCCCCGGUCAGACGGGAGGACAUGAUGGUCGGAGACGAUCCGUACAACCCGUAUAAGGCUUCCAACUAUUACCCGUAUUAUAACUACUACAACUCAUACUACAGACCCAGACCCAGGACUCAGCCCCGGCACGGAUACGGCACCAGCUACCACCAGAACGGUCUCCCUGAUCUGGUUCCUGAUCCAUACUACAUCCAGAUCGCCUCCUAUGUCCAGAGGAUGCCCAUGUACAACCUCCGCUGUGCUGCUGAGGAAAACUGUCUGGCCACAUCCUCCAGAUACUCUCAGGAUUAUGACACCAGGGUUUUGUUGAGGUUUCCUCAGAGGGUGAAGAACCAGGGGACAGCUGACUUCCUGCCCAGUAAACCUCGCUAUGCCUGGGAGUGGCACAGCUGUCAUAAUCACUUCCACAGCAUGGACGAGUUCAGCCUGUAUGAGCUGCUGGACGUCCAGACUCAGAGGCAGGUCGCUGAGGGUCACAAGGCAAGCUUCUGCCUGGAGGACACUUCCUGUGACCCGGGAUACUACCGCCGCUUUGCCUGCACCUCACACACUCAGGGUUUGAGUCCAGGUUGCUAUGACACCUACAACGCUGACAUUGACUGUCAGUGGAUUGACAUCACUGACGUCUCUCCUGGAAGAUACAUCCUUAAGGUGACAGUAAAUCCCAGGCAGCAGGUUCCUGAGUCAAACUUCAACAACAACGUGGUCCGCUGUGACGUCCAGUACACCGGCACCUCCGCUCACGUCUCGGGGUGCACCAUGACAGCCUACUGAGAUGGAUUCUGCAAUAUGAGCUUGAAAAGAAGAAGAACGAAGCUUAAAGUUACAUGUAAUUUAAACAAUUUAAUUCUGAUCGGAUUAAAGCAAAAACUGAUUAUUAAAAGUGUCAUAAAACACCUGAACCAGGUUAUUUUAGUCAAAAUGAAGCCUGAAGUCAGAUGGAGCGCAAACUGAUCAACAGAGCUGGAUUACUAAUAGGUUUUUCAAAUUACUGAGGCAGGUAUUCAUGUCAGUAAGAAUGCACCAGGAUUAGGUACAUUUACUCUGCUUCUGGAUUGGGUUGCACCACCUAUUUGUAAAUCUACAACCAAAUAAUAACUCACCAAAUAAAUAACUCCUAGAAUGAGUGAUUUACUAAAACUUAAAGAAAUGUUGUAUCUGGUCACAGCCUCAGUGUUGUAUUAAAGUUACCAUCCAAUCCAUUGUAAAUGCAGGUUGCUUUAUUUAUAUCUGCAUACAUUAUUCUAUUUGGUCAUUUAGUGCAACAUUAUCAGCAGAACCUUCAUUAAUUUGAGGACGAUAUUAUCUUGGGAAAUAGGAUUUAAAGUCAAACCCGUUUAUCAAUAAUAAACAGCACUGAGAUCAAGUGUCAUCAGUAUUAACAGAAGACAUACAGUGUAUUCAGAAGCUAACAUUAGUUUUGUCAGUUACGCUAGUUAGCUGUGCAAUAUUAAGCCAAAUAUGAACAAAUAAUUUAGAAUUAGUAAUAAGUUUGUGUGCUGUAGAAUUUAGUGGUGCAUGAAUUCCCACUUUAAAAACACUUCUUUUAUAUAAGCUAAGGUUCGGCUGGGCAGGUUUGAACUUGCAAGCAGGUGGUGCAACCAGAUCCUGGUACUUUACUUGAGUAUUUUCUACUUUUCCUCCACCACACUGCAGAGAAAUGUUCUACCUGUUAAGCUGUAUUUUCUUUUCAGAUUUAUUCUUUACAUUAAAUGUAAAAAGUUGCUGUAGGAAGCUCAUUUUGACCAGGAGGCCAUCAGAUGAGCGUUUCCUGAUUUCCUCAAGAUCACACUCAGGGCCAGAGGUCAGAGAGGGCAGGAAUAAAAAUGAAUUAAUUCAUUAGAAAGGUUGCAGCCUUUAUGUUGUAGUACUUAUAGAGGUUUUUUCUUUUGAUUUACUUUUCUUAUGUUCGGAGUAAAGUUUUCGUCAUGUUGACAUGAGUUUGUUUUCUUGAUCAAUUCCCUACUUUAGUGCCAAGAAAAAUGUGGUCUUCAUUAGUUUUACUAUUAUUAUUUUUUUGAUCAAGACCUGAUAAAACCACUUCAUCAUGAUACCAGAAUCAUUUUGUGAGCACAGUUACUCACAUGCAUUUUCUCCCUGGACUUCCAACGACUCAUUUUCUACAAUAUGAUAUAACUGGCAUUUUAAUAUUAAUUUAAGGUUUUGAAUUUGACAAAUUGUGACAGUUUCUGGGCAUUUUCAGAGCAGUUUCUGUUUUAAACUUGCUAUAUGGUUUUAUUUCACUUAUGGUGUGUUUCUGUCCGUCUUUGGUGCUGCAGAGUAGACCUUUGAUUUCUGGUGCUAAAGGUGGUUUUCACUUGGAGCCAUUUUGUGUCCUCCAGAACUGUCAGCAGAGGGACAUAAAAUGCUGCUGGUGGAAAUCCUGUUGGAAGUCAGACUCACACACGAAUGAGUUUGUGCGUCUGCUGGUGAUCGCUGUAUAGAGUGUGUAUACAGACACACGGUGUGUGUACUUGUCCUUGACAACAGUCACCACAUAUACCUACAGAGCUGUAUAUAGGUGAGCUCACAUCUCAUGUUAUCGACCUGCAUUACUGCUUCAUAUCACAUUAAUAAAGUU